AUGGCCAUCACAUGCAUUGCACUGCGCCGCACAUCUCGUCGCUAUCGGCCCGGUCUCAAGAUCUCAGCGAGCGGGCCGUUGGCACAGCCCAACAUUAUCGACGGGACCGUCUGUGAGGAUGCGAAAAGGUCCGUCGAGCUUCCGCAAGACGUAUGGAUCGACAUCAUUGGCGUUCUGCUCGACAACAUCCGCUCAGGACACGAAAAGCGUGCGAAUUGGCGGGCAAUGGUUGCACUCAGCACGACAUGCAAGAGCAUCAGAGCAGUCUGUCUGCAGUAUCUCUUCAAGUCGGCCAAUGUCAAAUCAUACGCCCGACUGUGUGCGCUCGUCGAGGCAUGUGCGGGCAGUGCUGUGCUGCCCAUGUAUCUCGAAGAGCUCUACCACUUUGAGACUGUCAGUCUACGGCGCACCAAAUCCAAGGAGACGCCGCAGCGGUUGCUAGACACGUUUGUGCAGCUGAUCACGACCGUCAGGUCAUCUUGUCCGAAAGUACGGCUUCACGAAGCGCUGGUACCUUGCUUCUACGACAUCAGGAAGCAGCUGCCUGGCUGGAUCGAGAAUGACCUCAAGUGCCUUUCCAUGAGAUGCACAGAGAAGACGCGUUAUGACUAUCAUGAUGCAUCCGGAUUGAUCACCCUCUGGACGUUGACCGCAGAGUCGCUCGUCGAGCUUUACAUCAAAGAUGACGUCGAUAGGCAGCAGUUGCCCGACCGGAGCAAUCCAUACAGCCCCAUCGUCAGAGCUGUCGCAAGGGCGGUCUCCAAGCAUCCGAGCCUGAAGAAGCUGUCACUCCACUCAAAAUAUUGCCAGAUCGACAUCGAGCAUCUCCAUGAAGACUGGUCGGACAUCUGGCCAGGCAGCUGGACAUGUCGUCUGCAAUCACUCGAGCUCACCAUGGACAUCGAUGACCUUUCGCUCCGGGUCAUCGUGAGGACUCACAGCGAGACACUCGAAACGCUCCGGAUCAUGAGAUCCGAACGGUGCGCGCUAGACUUCUGGUCCGCGCAUGUGUACGCGAUCACUCUGCCCAAGCUCACUCACACCACCUGUCGAUACUCUAUUGAUCAGGUCCUAUGGAUGUCAGAUGCACCCAACCUGCUCGAGUUGCGAAUGUCGGAUCUCCAGCCAGAUCAUCUUCGCUACCUUCAUCCCGCUCGGACCUCGACGACGACCUUUGUGCAACUCCACACGACAAUGGUCGAAUACAUCAGGCAGGGUAGCUGGCCACUCCUACGCAAGAUCGCGCUCGAAUGGCCCCAGCUACGCAAGGAGGACGUGUACGGCCAAGGCUGGCAGUGGCCCCUCCACACGGAACUCCUCAACGUCUGUGCAGCCCCAGGCGAUAGGCCGCCGGAAGGCAUGUCCUAUGUGCCUGUCGCGAGUGCCAGCGAGGAUGUCAGCGUACCAGCUGCUGCUCAGUCUGCUGCUGCUCUUGCAAACGGUAAGAGGAAGAAAGACCCGGCAACGAGCAAGAAGGCCAGGCCGAAAGUGUCCAAAGCAUGCAUGUUCUGUCGAAGGAGUCACAUGACGUGCGAUGACCAGCGACCUUGCUCACGAUGUAUCAAGCGAGACAUUGCCCACUUGUGCAGGGACGAGUCUGGCUCCUCAGAACGCAAACGGUCCGCUUCGAGGGGACUCUCGGAGACGCCCGUUGCUCCUGCUCUGCUACCCUCUGCCACGACGAGCGCCGGUCCGAGCCAAGUACCGCCAAGACAGCCCGUCACACAACAGGCUAUUGCCCCCGCGCCUGCUUCGGCUGCAUCAGGAUCCCGUCAGACCGUUGCGCCUCUGCAGAGUGCACAAACAGUAGCAUCAUCGACACUACGCACGUCUCAAAGACCGUUGUCACCUUCCGGAUCGAAUGCGCUCGGCAUCAGCAGCGUAGCAGACGCUAGCUACUUGCCACUCUCCGACCUGUCCGAUCUCAACUCGAUCAUGACGGGCAAUGCCCUCAUGGAGACUUCAGGCCAUGAGUUCCACGGUCUAGGCCUAAGUGAAUUCCUCAAAUCGCUCGAAGACAGCUUUGGACCCUCUCCUGCUGGCAAUGACGCAUACGGGCAGAGCAACGGAGCUGCACUCUACGACACCAUUUCUACGGCAGCCAAUGGCACGACCGGCCAUACACCUGCACCUAUCACGCCCUCUGUCAUACAGCCACCUACCUCGACAGAGCCUGCGACGUAUACGAGCGAUCCUGCACUUGCCAGUACAAAGACGGAGCGAUUCCUGCUGACGGCGGCCGAUCAGAACGACGGCAGUCGCGACGAACGCUUACAGCGUGUCAUUCAUGCCAAAUUCGAAGCUGGCCUUCUCAAGCCGUACGACUAUGUCAAAGGAUAUACCCGUUUAUCACGCUGGAUGGAGCAAAAUAUGUCUGUGCAAUCGCGACAGCGGACACUGCAGGCCCUGUCGUCAUUCAGGCCUGCCUUUCGCGCCAUUGCAUCCUCACUGACCGAUCUCGAUCUCGUCUUCAUCGAAGAAGCCUUUGAGCGGCUCUUGCUCGACUAUGAUCGCGUCUUUUCUACCAUGGGCAUCCCAGCAUGUCUGUGGCGACGCACAGGCGAAGUCUACAAGGGCAACAAAGAGUUUGCCGAGCUGGUCGGCGUGCCCAUAGAAUCCUUACGCGAAGGCCGGCUGGCAAUCUACGAGCUCAUGACCGAGGAGAGCGCGGUUCACUACUGGCAAAAGUACGCCGACGUCGCUUUCAAGCCAGAUCAAAAAGCAGUUCUCACUUCCUGCGUGCUCGUCAACCAGCACGCGCUACGCCGGAAGCGCACGUCUGCAUCGGAAGCGAUACUCAAUUGCUGCUUCAGCUUCACCGUCCGUCGGGACGCCUAUAAUAUCCCAUCGCUCAUCGCAGGCAACUUCUUGCCGUAUGCAGCAUGA